CGCAUUGGCCAAUGAGCGUGUUGGCCAUUCCAUCUCACCCACGAGUCCCCGAAGUGCCCAACUCCAUGCCCGUAGCUUCCUACAGUGCCCUUCCUGAGAACAGAGAUACCCAGGUUAACUAUAACGUGAACCUGGUACCCAGACCCGAGUACAACCCCCGGGUCGUGCCCCAGGUAACACCACAGGUCUACAGAACAGUGCCACAGCAAGGCAAAGCGGUCAACUUGGCCGGCCCAUCUUCCAGGUCUAAUGGCGCCUUCCAGGGGUCGCCGGCGACCCAGAGGGCAGCGGCGGUGAUACCCACUGGCAACACCCUGCUGGAAGACGCACAGAUUGGCCAUGUGCUGCGCACUGCGCCUAAAGGAUCUCAUUUUCUGAGGUCAUCUGUUGACCUCUCCAUCCUGGAGUCUCGUCUGCCUAGCAACUACACCAACAUUAGGGAAGACAUUGUUGACACCUUCUCCUGUGACGGCCGGGUGUACGGUUAUUACGCUGACCAGGAGAACGGCUGCCAGAUCUACCAUGUGUGUCUGCCCCUACGACAAUUCUUCCCGGAGAGCUUCACCACAGACACCACCAAAAUAUUCAGCUUUAUAUGUCCAUUCUCAACCAUAUUUGACCAGUCAUCUAUGACCUGCGUGGGCGAGGAGGAGGCUAUACCCUGUGAGAUCGCCGAUAAUUACUACAACUACAACUACAACUUCUUCACUAUGGUCAAGGAAGAAGACGGUAGUGAGCGCUACGCCCAGGUUAACGAGGAUAUCCCCGUCGACCCCGCCGCCAGCCUUCCCUUCUAG